AUGGCCUCCCCAAAUCCAUAUCACAUUCGUUCCAUUACCAUGCCCUCUAGAUCAAACCCCAUCUUGAGCUUAGUGAAGGAACAAGUGUGUCCCCUAAGUUGUUCUCAACCUACAAAUCUUAGUGCUCUUGAAAGCCUGUAUGAUAACUUAGAUUCCCUUCUCAGUCUGCUUCUCACUGAAGACGUGCUUUGUAGACAGAGCGAAGGUGUCAACGAGUUGCUUGAAGACUAUUUGAGGUUGGUAGAUUCGUGUGACAAGAUGAGGGAUGUGGUUGCUAGGGUGAGGGUAGAACAGAGAGGCGUGCUAUUCAUGCUUCGAAGGAGAGACCGCUCGGGGUUGGAGGCUAGAAUUGGCACCUACACUCGUUCUCGAAAACAGAUGACCAAGGAGCUCACCAAGUGCCUGGAAAAUUUGAGACAUGUUGGACGCACACCCGUAAUUGCCCAUAACCAUUCCUCUGCACAAGAUCAUGAGGUAAUGGAUGUGUUGAAACAAGCAAGAUCUAUCACCGUUUCUUUGUUUCGGUCGCUAAUGUCGAAAUUCGUUGAACGGAGAAAGAAAUGGUGUUUGAUCUCUGGAUUUUUUAAAUCAAGAGUGUGGUCAGUAGAGACAGACGACAUGGAGACUAGCGAGUGGGAGAAAGUGGCCAUGGCUCUCCAACAACUGCAGGCAGCCUCUAGCAAGUUAGAGGAAAACCACGUGCACGAUGUAAUCAGACUCUUGGACUCAUCGGAUGAGCAGAUGGGUUCAAUUGAGGAAAUAUUGGGUUGUUUCUGUAGUCGGUUGAUUCGAACAAGGGUCACUGUGCUCAAUGUUCUAACAAAUUGA